AGGCCCAAGGGGCAUAUAUAUAUAUAUUACACAUGACUUGAGGUGCAAGGAAAGUAAACAUAGACUAAUAAGGACUCCAAGACUAAUAUUAAUAGACUAAUGAGGACUCCUAGAUUAAUACUAAUACUUCCUAACACCCACCCUCUUCGUUGUUGUUGCAACGGUGGCAUCUCUGAGCUACCUAUAUAUGUCUGUCUGUAGUAGACGCACCUCGAGAUUGUCUGUGUAAUCCCCAUCCGUCGGUUGAUGCAAACUGGAGAAUCUGCAUUGCAUGCAUCAUUAAAGGGCAGACGGCAUUUUCGUGGAAAAUUCAGAGCAAAACGCACCUCAAUGUGAUACACUGCACAUGCUGCAGAGGGCAAAUGUUACAUGGAGCUUCUUCUUCUGCAGCAAUAGAGCUGCUGCUUCUUAUUUGGCCAGACUUAUUCCGCAUCGAUUGGCAUGUAACAUCUGCAUUUCAGUAUCCCUCCGCCAGCGGGUUGUCGGAGCACUACCAUCAAUUAGUAAAACUUUUAAGAAUCAUUUCUUAUACUUUUUUUAACAAUAAUUUUCAAGUUUUUUUUUAAAUUUCUAUGUUUCUUUUUUACAAUUUUUUUGAAAGAUAUUAUCGGGUCAUAUUUUUUUUGAGACAAACUUAUUGGGUCAUGGUUUGGGCGGCUACCUCCCUCUAGUCCAGCCCAGGUCGGCUGAAGAAAGAAGGCUCGGCCCUCUCAACGGCGGCCCAGGCUAUACGUAUAGCGGUCCAAAAAAUUGCGUCUUUCGGCAACCUCUCUGCUCUCUUCCACGCCGGCGGGCGGCGGCGACCGUCCCUCCUCCGUGCGGUGCUCCCGGCCAGUUCCCUCGCCCGCUGCUAUCCUCCGUGCGGCGCUCGCAUGGAAGAAAGGGAGAGGAAGGAGGGGAAGGCGGGCCGCGCGUUGUCGUGCCCUGUCGCCUGACGACGGAGGCGGCGCCGUGAGCUGCGUGCGGCGGCGCGUGUCCCGCGGACUGCACGCGCCGGCGGUGUCCACGGAGCUGGCAAGCUUGCCGCGGCAAACCAUCAAAGAGCGAGGUGAGCUGGGGUGAAAGCUAAACUUCCCCGUCCAAAGAAAGGAAGAGCAGAGCAGAAAUGCCCGCGCCCCACCUCCUCCGCCGCAGCCGCCACCACCUCACCGUCGCCGCCGUCGCAAAAUCCCACGCCACGCUGCUCAAGUCCGGCGUCACCUCCCCCACGUCCUGGAACCAGCUCCUCGCCGCCUACUCCCUCACCCCUCUCGGCCUUGCCGCCGCCCGCCGCCUGUUCGACGAAAUCCCCCGCCUGGAUGCCGCGUCCUGGAACUCCCUCCUCGCCGCGCACGUCUCCAUCGGCGCGCACCCUGCCGCGUGCCGCCUCCUCGGAGCCAUGCACGAGCGGGGGCUCGCCGCCAACACCUUCGCCCUCCGCUCCGCUGCCACCAUGGGCUGCCCUGCCCUCGGCGCCCGGCUGCACUCGCUCGCUGUCAAAACCCAUACAGGACUGAACUUGACUGGUGCCCUUGAUGAUUUAUUUAUACUUGAUUAAAGCUAGUGUGGCUCAUCUUCCCUUGCCACGGCGCUGUUGAUCAUAUCCGAACAAAACUUUACAGGUUAUUGGUGUUGUGCAGAAAGUUAGUGUGAAACUAUGGCUAGCUGCCGAACAAUCAGGCAAUUUCGGAGUAAACGCACCACUUGCUCCCCUCAUUAUUUGGUCUCUGAUAAAAUUAGGUGUGUGCUUUGCUCUUCCACAUCUAUAUCUGAACAGGUUCUUUUCUUUUUCUUUUGCAGGGAACGAUUUUUUUAUUUACAUGUCAUCAGUUUUGUAUGUUUUGGAGAAAAGGCAACAAAAGCUCCUGUACAUAGGAGUAGGAUAGCAUACUUACAGACACCAUGAAUACAUGUAGCAAAUUUUGUACUGAAGCGCAUUUUGUAUUUGUGUGAAUCCAUCUGAAUGUAUUUAAAAAAAGAUCUGUAGCUGUCAACAACUCAUAUUUGGAGAAACAAAAUUAAGAAAUUUUGAGAAAACUUUAAGCAAUGACCCUUUCAGUUGCCAA